GCAUCGGUGAAGUGCCGGGAUGAUUGUCUCGACGGCUAUACUUGCUUGCUUGCACACGCCUGCCGCUUUCUUGUUUCUGCACAGAGCGUACAUAACCGUCUAUGUUCUGCACAUACCUAGAUUCUCACACACACGCACACGUACAUAUGUUUAGUAAGUACACUACACCUAGCCAGCGCCGCUGUCCCAGUCCCAGCCGGCGGCUCGGCCGUGCACAAACAAGGGCCCUGCCGUGGUUCUCGCUUGCGGUCUGCCGAUGCUUUACGUUACAUACUUGGCAGGAUACAAGGCGCGCUUUUUCUGCGGAACAAAACGCCGAGGCGCUCGACAGCAUGCUGGCCGACAAAUUUUCUCCGGCUGCACGGCAUGCAUGCCCUGCUGUCACUGCUAAGAGAGGGAACCGGAACGAGCAGAUGCGACGAGGGUUGCUGCCACCGUGCAUUUUUUUGUCGCUAGCUGCUGGCUGCUGGCUGCAGCGGCGCUCAAGGGAACCCCACGUGUUGUUCCAUCACCAGCCAUGCCAUGGCAGCGGCACGCCCGACACCACCCUCGUUGCGAACCCGACACCGUGCUCGCCGCUGGAAAUUGCGCAUCGUGCCCAGCCUAAUCCCCGAAACCACUAGGCCGUCUCAGGCAGUUUUCUCUCCCAGCAAGAGUACGCGUCGUCGCCUUCAAGGUUCAAGGGGGGGCUGUCCACGAUGCUGGGACUGCUGGGACGUGAGCAGUCAGCGCGCGAAGUU